CUUUUCCAUAUAUAGGGUCACUCAGGAGCCAGCUCUGCCAGUCCAGGUAGCGACACUGCCACCUUCAGUCCCUCCCUUCACAGCAUCCUCACCUUGCUCUCGAAUGCUCACCAGCAGUUAGGCGGGAGUGACCCCUGCGCUUCUGCCAACCACAGGCCUGUUGGGUUUAAAGAAAAGAGAAAAACUCAGACAAAGUCACCACAUUAAAAUAGUUGCCUUGAGGAAGCUGAGCGGAGACCUGUGGAAAGAUGAACGGACCGGUGGAUGGCUUGUAUGACAGCUCUCUCAGUGAAGAAGGGGCCUUCAUGUUCACUUCGGAAUCCGUAGGAGAGGGACACCCCGAUAAGAUCUGUGACCAGAUCAGCGAUGCGGUGCUGGAUGCCCACCUCCAGCAGGACCCCAAUGCCAAGGUGGCCUGCGAGACGGUGUGCAAGACGGGCAUGGUGCUGCUGUGCGGGGAGAUCACCUCCAUGGCCAUGGUGGACUACCAGCGGGUGGUGCGAGACACCAUCAAGCACAUUGGCUACGACGACUCUGCCAAGGGCUUUGACUUCAAGACCUGCAAUGUGCUCGUGGCGCUGGAGCAGCAGUCCCCAGACAUCGCCCAGGGUGUCCAUCUGGACAGAAACGAAGAGGACGUCGGUGCUGGAGACCAGGGCUUGAUGUUCGGCUAUGCCACUGACGAGACGGAGGAGUGCAUGCCCCUCACCAUCAUCCUUGCUCACAAACUCAACGCCCGGAUGGCAGAGCUGAGGCGCUCGGGGGUGCUCCCCUGGCUCAGGCCCGACUCGAAGACUCAGGUGACAGUGCAGUACAUGCAGGACAACGGCGCGGUCAUCCCCAUGCGCGUCCACACCAUCGUCAUCUCUGUGCAGCACAAUGAGGACAUCACGCUGGAGGACAUGCGCAAGGCCCUGCAGGAGCAGGUGAUCCGGGCCGUGGUGCCCGCCAAGUACCUGGACAAAGACACCAUCUACCACCUGCAGCCCAGCGGGCGCUUUGUCAUCGGCGGUCCCCAGGGGGAUGCGGGCGUCACUGGCCGGAAGAUUAUCGUGGACACCUACGGCGGCUGGGGGGCGCACGGUGGCGGGGCCUUCUCCGGGAAGGACUACACCAAGGUGGACCGCUCUGCGGCUUACGCUGCCCGCUGGGUGGCCAAGUCCCUGGUGAAAGCAGGGCUGUGCCGGAGAGUGCUUGUGCAGGUUUCCUAUGCCAUCGGCGUGGCCGCGCCACUGUCCAUUUCCAUCUUCACCUACGGAACCUCGCAGAAGACCGAGAGAGAGCUGCUGGACGUGGUGAACAAGAACUUCGACCUCCGGCCUGGCGUCAUCGUCAGGGACUUGGAUUUGAAGAAGCCCAUCUACCAGAAGACCGCGUGCUACGGCCACUUUGGAAGAAGCGAGUUCCCGUGGGAGGUUCCCAAGAAGCUUGUGUUUUAGAGCCGGGAGCUGGCCUGGCCCCGGAGGCAUCUGGGCGGCCGCGUUCCUCUGUUCCAGGACCCCAGCUCUCAGGUCUCCCAGACCGAAGGCGCCGCGUGUGGCCAAGAGGCUGCCUUUCCCCACGCUCCCUCCUGGCCCUUGGACUAAGCCCUGUUCGUCAUCAUCACGAAUGGCAGGAAGCAGGCAGCUUCCCGGUGCUGAGGACAGUCAUGGGUUCCCCUACCUCUCCCUCAGACCAAGGCGAUGCUCAUUUAGUAGAAAAACCAUCCCUCCAGGAGUUAAUCCCCGCCCUCGCCCCUCCACCCCCCCCAGCCCAGGCCCUGACCGGCUCCUGCUCACUGUUUCCUGGUGGGAGCCAAGGUCAGUGAAUCUCCCAGCUCUCCGGCCAGCGCCCAGAGCUAGGGUCCCCUGCCCCCUGGCCAGGCUGUGGCAGGCACAGGGCAGGGCUGACAUGGUCUGAGCUAACUAACCACUGGUGCCAUCUCUUCCUCAGUCCACAUGCUAGGAAGCACCUUCGUCACCCCGUUUAUAAGCGGGGAGAUGACACACAGACCAUCCAGGGAGCUUUCACACGGUCCCACAGCCACAGCGUCAGGGCCUAGGCACAGCCCAGGAGCUCUGACUCAGGAGCCUGGGUCCCACCCCCAAGCUCGUUCCAGAGCCAGGUCUGAGCCAUGGGGACGCAGAGUGCAGCGAGGCUGGGUCUCUGGCCUACCGACUCGAGGUUGCUGCGAAUCAGGGGAUUAGCCACUGGCUCUUGGGGAGCCCUGGGCAAUGACCUGCAAAGUCAGGGCAGAAACAAAGCAGUUCCAUUUGCCUCAUUGAUACCAGGAGACAGUUCAGAGUGAGCUGGCUGGGCUGGAGUCUGGAGUUAAGAGGCAACCAUAUAACCCAGCCCCUGAUGCUCAGGCUCAGGCAGGGCUGGGCUGUGUGGGCCUCGGGUCAGUGGCCCGAGUCCAGUCCAGUCCCAAGUCCCACACGUCUCAUGUUCAGUGUGACCUCUGGGGCAGGGCUUGAAGCCCAGUGGUGGACAAGUUGGCCGAGAUGUCAUGGGAGAUUCGCGUUGUCAGGUGGCUUCUGGGGC